AUGGCUCUUGCACACUUCCAACAGGACAUCAUUCUAGGUGGGGUUCCAAGCAAUUGGAGCUCUGAGACACCUGAAACCCUCCAUAAAGUGCUGCCCAAAUCACUCUAUGACCAAACAAACCAGCGAAACUUUCAACUCCAAAUGAUAUCAAUGUUGACCAUUCGUGAGAAGGAACAGCCACUACCACAUGAUGAUGCACCACAACUUUCUAGCAUCAAGAUUGCAGAUAGGCCCCACCAGAGUAAUAUCUCUAUUGAGGUCAUUGCUGGUUGGAGGCCAGAACUAUCAGACCUCCCAUCAGCAAUUUGCCGAUAUUAUCAUGAACGACAAUCACAGCGCACAGCUCGACCUCGUUUUGUCUAUACAACUGACUCAGAGUGGUUCCCACAACAAUACAAUGGUUUGGACCUUUGGUGGUCCUAUCGGCUCACUGUCCCUGCUUUCAAUCAGUUCUACAAGGCAGAAACAAGGGUUAUCAAGUGCAGACCAACUGGUGAUUAUAGAAGUGGGGCAUUUGAUUCUGUCUUUGCCCUGGUCCAUCCUCAGCGCAAUGUAAUUCAUAAAUAUCGUCCAGCUCAGCUUCAACUCAUCCUCCGAGCAUCAAGUAAGACUGGUGCUAGGGAGGGAGCUGAGUGCAAUGGAAACAAUCUUUUUGCAUAUGUGCUGUGGUACACUGACAUACCAAUCAGGCUAUCAUCAGGAAUGUUUGCUGUCAAAAAAGAUCUUGAUCAUGACAAUCAAUGGAGAAGUGCCAUAAUUCCACUGAAUUGUAUCAUGCUCCAUUGUCCACUUCACCCAUCAAUAAUUGGUGAGCCUGUCCUUGGUACAACAGCUGAUGGUGCUUUGGCAUCAUCAACCCAAUUCUAUAUCAACCCAUUUUCAAGCUCCCAACUGUAUCAGCGUUUGCAUUUGUAG